AUUUGUUUUUCAUCAUUUUUGAGUUUUCAUAUUUCUAACUUAGAAAGGGGGAAAAUGCAAUGCCAUUUUCAUAUAGUAUUUUUGUAUUUUAUGUGCAUAUUGUAUAGGCCGUUACUGUAUUUGAAGAAUAUUUUUUUAUUUUAAAGUGGAUUACUUCUUUAAUACUGUCAGAUCUGCAUGAUCCUUUCAAUAUUCUACUAUCUAAUUGAAUGUAUAUAAGUAGAAUCCCAUUUACAGAGUUUAUAAAAAUACAUACAUAUCAGCUAUCAAUGGAAGAUUGUCAGCUAUCAAUGGAAGAUUGCUACAUACAAGUCAAGAUAAUUACCAUAUAUGUACAUUACUUGUUGGUUGCUCUUAAUUACUUAUCAUAUAUACUCGUUCAUUUGCCCGUUCACUUAUAAGCAGGCCUCCUUAAUUUUGGCAGGGAAAAGCUUGAUAAGUGUGUAGCAUCAUAACCUGACCCUAUAAAAAUAAUAUGCCUGUAUAAAGUAUAUUAUAUUUGCAGAAGAAAAAAAAUGUAAUUAUAAAAGACUUACUAAUAAGCAUACAACAUUAUGAAUAACAAAUACUCGCUUUGCGUGUUUACCGGUAUAUGCUGUAACCAUACUGAACAGUUUCAAAAAUAGGACCUGGGCAAUCUUUGAUAACAAAUGCUUUAUUCAAUGUUGGAACUGUGAUUAUGCUCUAGGCACAGCCAAUCACAGAAGUCCAAAAUGUGUAACCCAAUAUUGCACACAGACUUUUUGCUCUUGUCUUGAUGUUGAAUUCCUUUUUUCUUCAUUGUUUUCUAUAAUUGAAUCAAUGUACCCUGAGACAUUUAUAUAAAAGAACCACUCAUACGCCGACCACCACCUUUAUUGCCUUGAAAAAUCUCAACGAAAAAGUUGUCUUAUGAAUGAGUAUAUAUGGUGGUUCUUAUUUUUACAAACAUUAAAUUUUUAUGAGAUUUCUGUUAAAAUUAAAAUAUUAGUAUGCUUUGAAUUAGUCUUUGUUUAAAACUUGAUUACAAAAAUUUUUUUUAAAGUGCACAAAAACACUGCUAAAAAAUGGUUUAAGUACGAUAUAAUUCAAUCCUAAAUCAUUUUGUGCUUGGAAUGAAAUGUUCAAUAAUAAUAUUCAAAUUUCCAGUAAUAAAAUGGUCUUCUGUUACGUAUUUUCUUUGAGAAGUUUAAUUUAAAAAGUUAUCAUAGUGUUAAAAAAAUAAGUGCCAAUAUACAGGAUUUGUGUAAGGGAUUGUACUGGGUUACACAGGUUCAUCAUUUUUAAUACCGGUACUAUAGUAUUGCUUUUCCCCCAUUAUUUUGAAUAACCAAUAUUUGUUGACUUGUAACAUGUUUCAUGAAGAGACUUUUUUUUUAGACUUACUAAAAGUAAUCUUGGAAUACUGAUGCUUAUACAUUAAGCUAUUCGGUUUGGUAAAACACUGCAUUAGUUUAUUCUAACCUCCUUCUUUCUUUCCCUCAGGAGGCUUUUAAUUUUUUUUUUGUUUAUAUUUUUUUUUCCUCCUUGCUCAAAUCUACCAAAACAACCUGUGAUGAUGGCUGUGAUUUUCGGCAGCACCCUUAUCUACCCUCUUAGCAACUCAAGACCACCAACACAGUCAGCACAAUGGAAGAUCAGAAUGAUGGUAAUUUCUUUAUUGACGGUAAACACAUUUUCACUUUUCUGUUUAGGCACUAAAGAAGGUUAAGAGGUUUGUAUUCUCUGAAUUCAAACAUGUUUGUGCAUUGUCCAUCAAAUAUGUUGAUGUUUUGUACUGUAAAUGAAAGUAAAGUAUAAUGACAUGUCAUACCACAUUAUUGUACUUUUUGCAUGGUAAUUGUUAUUUUACCAUAUCUCAUCUUUGCUGCUUGUAUUUGUAAAAAUUUAAUAGUUUUUUGUUGUUUUUUUAAAAUAACUGUUCAAUGUAAGGUAUGGGUGCCCUUUGGGUGUAUAUAAUUCAGACCUGUUUACUCUUAUGAUUUUGGCGUACAAUGUAUGAUUUUGGCGUACAAUGUACGAUUUUGGGGUGUAUAAACUAUAAAUACUAUGUUUAUUUUUUAAUAUUAAGAUAAUGUAAUGAACGAUUUUGUGAUGAUAUUGUACGAUUUUAAGAGUUGGAGGGUAAACAGGUCUGAUAAUUGCAUUUAGCCAAAGUUUCUUUUCACUUAGAAAUAUUAGUUUUUAAAAAAUAAUUAUAAUAUAAAUGUUUAGGGACUGGGCAAAAAAAUAAUAACCCAAGCGACGAAACUAUUUUUAUUUAAUCUACACCACUCAGCAUCCUGGUGAUAUCUGUCCAGUUCCUGUAUGCCACCACAUUUUGUACUGUAGUUAUAUCUUAACAGGCUAUUCAAAAAAUGUCUGAACUUUUGCUUAUUGCAUUUAUUAUUCUGAUUAAGUAGCUAUUUGGCAUGCAGCAGCCUUAGGUAAAAUUUGCAGGUCUUACUUUGUUGAAAUUUGCUUAUUAAACUUGACUAUAAUUUUUUUUACAUUUCUUUCAUCAGAUUCCAGCAGCACCAAUCUGAUUAUCAAUUACUUACCUCAAACCCUGUCUGAUGAUGAGUUCAGAUCUAUGUUUCUCAGUGUUGGGCCUAUUAAAAGUUCCAAGAUUGUCCGUGACAAAGCAACUGGGUACAGCUAUGGUUUUGGCUUUGUUGACUUUCAACAUGCAGCUGAUGCUCAACGUGCUAUUGAGACACUUUCAGGCCUGCAACUCCAAAAUAAGAGAAUCAAGGUAGCUCUAGCCAGACCCGGUGGGGACCAGAUCAAGGGGGCUAAUCUUUAUAUCCGAAACCUGCCAGUACACUGGAAAGAAGGAGAGUUAAAUAAAAUAUUCGAUCCUUUUGGAAAAAUCAUUCAGUCAAGAGUUUUGGUAGAUCUUGCAACAGGUGUAAGCAAGCGUGUUGGUUUUGUUCUUUAUGACACAAGAGAUGAGGCAGAAAAUGCCAUUAAAUGUCUAAGUGGUAAAACUCCAGAUGGUUGCACUGAGCCAAUUAUGAUCAAAUUUGCUGAUGAUAACACCAAAAAGAUUAAGCAAGGUGCUGUACAAUAUGUCCCUAUUCCUAACUUUGCUGCCCCGGGACCAAUGAGAAACCAAAUGAAUCGCUUCCAGCGGUUUAAUCCAAUGGCUGGUAACUUCAAUGGCUCACCAGGAGUACCUCAGGCUCAGCAAGGAGGGUAUGUUUUUAACAUUUAUUUUGCUCAAACUUUGAAAUUUGUUAGAUCAACAAAACAGUAAGUUCAUAUUGAAUUACAAACUGUUAGAAGAUCAGCAAAACAGUAGUUUCAUAUUGAAUUACAAACUAAAUAACUGCUUCCCAUCAAAUUUACUGAUAGGAUUGACCUUAAUUAGUAAAAGUGACAAUCAAAUUAUCUUUGAAAUAAUAAAAUAUGCAUGUUUUUUUUUUUAUUAUUGUUGAUAUCAAGAGCUCUCCCCUUAAGUGCUGAAAGGUUUGAACUCCCAUAACAAAGAGCAGUUAUUUAUAGUUAUAAGAAUUUAAGAGUGAUUGACAGUUAAUUAAAUCUGCACUUGAACAGGUAUAAUGUACUAGAUGAAAUAUUCUUUUCAGUAGUGUAAGAUUUACAGUUCUGGCCUUAACUCACUCUUGAAAAGCCUACUUUUGAAUAAAACCCUAAUGUCUAAGCUAAAUGUCUUCAUAAGUUUUAUAGAGAGGCAUGAACAUUUAAUACCAGUAAUUAAUCAAUGGUUAUGUAUAGAAUCUGGAGUACAUUAAUGCAAGUUUACAGGCAUGAACUUGAUCACCACAACUAGCAUUACUAGCAAGUACCGUACUAAAAGUUCAUAACUAUUUAAUAGAUUUCACGUGUUUGUUGAUUUCAUGUGUUUGUUGAUUUCAUCAUCUAAGCUUGGUAGCUAUUGAACUUUAUAUAUGCUUCAAACUUGGUGAUGAUUCAGUAAGCGUUAGCUAUUGUAUGAGAUGUUGCUUAAGGGUCAUUUAUAUACAGACCUGUUUACUCUUACGAUUUUGGCGUACAAUGUACGAUUUUGAGGUGUAUACACUAAAUAUACUUUUGUUUAUUUUUUACUAUUAAGAUAAUGUUUUUAACGAUUUUGUGAUGAUAUUGUACGGUUUUAAGAGUAUGGGGGGUAAACAGGUCUGUAUAUAGCAUAAGCAGGGGGGGGGGUAGGCUGAGGGGGUUCUGUUAAUAAAGGAGGUUUUUGCGUAUUAACACUGAUAUUGUUUGAUUGCGCAACAAAGCGGAAUGGAAAAAAAUAUGUCAAGCAUAUUCAAGAGGAUCUGAGGGGUACUGUAAUAAUGAUGUUACAAUACAACGUGAAAGAUCCGACUGAGUUUUAGCAAACCUAGUACAUGUCACCAUUUUGAUAUAGAUUUUAUAUAUUACCGGUACUGGUAUUUUGUUUGAAGUUGCUAUUUAUUGUGUCUUUUCUAAAGCUUUAUCAUGCCUUGUGAAAUAAAAGCCAUAAAUAUCUUCACAGCUACACAUUAUUUGUGUACAACAUUGGGUUUCAAGCAACUGACCGAACACUCUGGCAACUGUUUUCACCAUUCGGUACCGUACAGAAAGUGAACAUUAUGCUUGAUCAUGAGAAGAAUCAGUGUAAAGGCUAUGGAUUUGUCACAAUGACAAAUUAUCAGGAAGCACAAAAUGCCAUUAACUGUCUGAAUGGAUAUUUUUUCCAAGGAAGGGUACUCCAGGUAUGUUUUUAUUUUUAUUUUGGUGGCACUUGAAAUAUUACCCCCCUCGCCAAUGUUGCAAUAAGUUUUUCAGAUUAAAUUUGAAUUGAAUAUUGAUCCAGAAUGGGUUUUGUUGUCUUGGUUUUUAUGGAACGGAAAAGUUAAGUUUACCUCUUAUAAAGAUUGUGUAUAUAUAUAUUUGAUUUUUAUCUCCCUUUAUUUCAAUAGGUAAGCUUUAAAGGACAAAAUCAGCCCGGCCCCAGCUAAAUUUAAACCAGGCUUCAAAGGACAUGGAGGAUCUGGAAAUGACAAAGCAUUUAUUAUAAUUAGUGGCAUGAUUUAAAUAUUGAUAAAAGUUAUUACCUGUCAUGUCAUUUUUAGAUUUUGUUUUCAUAGAAAGCAAUCACGGUGAAAUGAGGAAGCGUUUCAGUUGGUGCCUGUUAGUGUUAUCAAAGGGAUAUGAAGGAAGUCAUAGAUAUAGAUCAGAUUCAAAAUUGACCAAACUUGCUCUCCACCACCUUCUCUCUCUCAGCUCACAAGACACUGCCUUCCAUUAAAAAAAAAAGAAAAAAGCAAACAUAAUAGUUAAAGCAUGAGUACUGGUGCAUUUAUUUGUUUAUUUUUGCUCCAUCCCUCCAGUAUUUUUUUCCCAGACCUACUUUUAUAUAACAAUUUUAUUUUUCGUUCAGUGUUGUUAGUUUUAUAAAUUAUUCAUUUGAUUACUAAUUUUUUAUUUAGUUAACCUUUAACCUAUGUAUUACUCUUUGUAUUUCACAUUGAAUAUAUUUUCUUUUAUUGUUCAUUAUUAUUGUAUUAGUCAAAUAAAUCAAUUUGAAAUCUUUAGUUUUUGGACCAAACCUAAAUAUUUUUUUAAUUAUUCUUUUUGCUUAACUGGGGAAAAUCAUUUUGUUCUUGGAACUUGUGUUCUCUUCAUCUGUAAAUAGUCAUUACCUUAUUUUUUUUAAAUAUACAUAAACCAAAAAAAUAUGAAAGAAAUAAAAAAAAUGAUUUUGUUUCACUAUCA